UCGCUGCCAGGGAGAGAGAGGGAGAGAGAGAGAAAGAGAGAGAGAGAGGGAGAGAGGGAUCCGAGGCUGGAGAAUAACGCUCAGAAAAGAAAAUAAAUGGAAGAGAGAUCAAAAGAGGCAGAGUGAGGAGCCCGCAGCUCAGAAUAGGAAAGACAAGGGAAGAGAAAUAUCAAAAUACAAGAACAGCUGCAGUGUGUGUCAUCCACUGUGGAGGAGAACUGUGCAAACAGGCUGAUUGUGUGUGAGUGAGGCUACUGUGCUCUGGGGCGAAGGAUAUCGCAGUGUUCAGGAUUUUGGGGCGCAUGUGUUCAGUCAUGUUGUCAUUGGGACCUUUGCUCCUCUUGGCCCAUUUGGGGUGCGUUCUGACAGGAGCCUGGAGAGCCUUCCAACCACGCCUGCAAUUCUCCCACAAUGAACUGGUGCAGAAUGGCCGCCUGCUGUCCCUGCCCAUGGCUGCUGGGGAUAUGCAUACUCUGGUCGCAGACGAAGACACUCGGCGUCUCUAUGGUGCCAUGAAGGACCAGCUGCUGGUGACCAGCUUGGAUGACAUCACGCAUGCCCCACGCCAGCUCUUCUGGCCCGCUAGCCCAGACCGGAUCCAAGAGUGCUUGAUGGCUGGCAAAGAUCCUGAAUGUGAGUGUGCUAACUUCCUGCGGGUGCUGGAAAUCUAUAACCAUACCCACCUGUAUAUCUGUGGGACAGGGGCCUUCAACCCUCGCUGUGCAUUCAUCCCUACCACAAUCUUCCAGAAGGGUGAAAGGCAGGUCUUGCUGCCAGAACAGACAGAGUGUGGGAAGGGAAAGUGUCCAUAUGAUCCCCACCAGAAGACGGCUACAGCUGUUAUCGAUGGAGAACUGUAUGCUGGGAUUUCUUCUGAUUUCCUGAGUCGCGAUUCGGCUGUUUUCCGUAGCCUGGGUCCCCGCCAUGUCAUCCGCACUGAGCAGUACGACACCACCUGGCUGCAGGAUGCCCAGUUCAUAAAGGUGGCCUCAGUGGCAGAGAGUGACAACCCGGAGGAUGAUAAGGUGUACGUAUUCUUCACUGAGCAUGCUCAGGAAGCAGAAGGGACAGCUGGGAAAGUCAUAUACUCCAGAGUUGCACGCGUCUGCAAGAAUGAUAUUGGAGGACAGCGGAGUCUGGUGAAUAAGUGGAGCACCUUCCUGAAGGCCCGCAUGGUGUGCUCCAUUCCUGGGGCUGACGGCGUUCACACUCACUUUGACCAGCUGCAGGACGUCUUCAUCCUGCAUGGGAAGGACAAGACCAGUCCUCUAAUCUACGGCCUCUUCACAACAUCAAGUGAUGUGUUGAAUGGGUCAGCGGUGUGCGUGUAUCGGAUGCAGGAUGUGGCCAGGGUCUUCAAGGGCCACUUUGCACACAAGGAGGGUCCACAGUACAAGUGGGCAGAGUUUACGGGCAGAGUGCCCUUCCCCCGACCUGGCACAUGUCCAAGUCGCACAUAUGGCAACUACCGUUCCACCCGUGAGUAUCCUGAUGAUGUCAUCUUCUUCAGCCGAACCCAUCCUCUUAUGAUGGAGGCAGUUUACCCUAUUGGAGAGCGCCCUCUGCUGGUGCGGGUGGGUGUACAGUACAAGUUCUCUCGGCUGCUGGUUGACCGGGUUGAGGCUGUGGAUGGCCAGUAUGACGUCAUGUUCAUUGGCACAGACUCAGGACUGGUGCUGAAGUCGAUCCACCUCCCCAGGCAGACGGGGGACAGCAGUGAGGUGACUCUGGAGCAGCUCCAGGUGUUUCAGGGCAGGUCUGCCAUCACUGCAAUGACUCUUUCAAAGAAAAGGUGGCUGUUUGUGGGCUCGAAGGAGGGUGUGGCCCAGUUGGCUCUAUUCCAGUGUGAGCUGUAUGGCCAGGCCUGUGCGGAGUGCUGCCUCGCCCGAGACCCCUACUGCACCUGGGAUGGCCAUGCCUGCAGCCCCUUCAUUCCCAUUGCACGCAGGAGGAAUGCACGUCAAGCUGGUGAUGCUGCAGACCCACUGACCCAGUGUGUCAAACAUGGAGCUGGCUUGCAGGUGGAGGCAGAGGAGAAGGUGAUGGUGGUUGCAGAGGGAAACAGCACAUAUCUAGAGUGCCUGCCCAAGUCUAAACAUGCAGCUAUUACUUGGUUCAGAGAAGAGAGGGGAGAUCACAGACUGCACCAGGUGAAAUCAGGAGAGCAGCUGGUGGUGAUUGACAGGGGGAUUGUGAUUCGGUGGGCGGAGCCCGGGCACUCGGGGGUGUACCACUGCCAGCUGGAGGAGCACGGGUUCAGCUGGACGGCCGUGCGGGUGCAGCUGAGUGUGCUGGGCCCCAGCUCCAGGAGUCCUUGGUCCCUGACCAAUCAGCAGCGCUGCGAGCCGCAGGGCCGCCGCCGAGACCGGAACAAGAAUCGCAAGAGAGGAGACGGAGCUGAGAACGACAGCCAGAGGCACGCUGGGCCAGGGGGAGGUGUCAGAGAAGGGGGAGGAGGAGGAGGAGGAGGAAAAAUGGGUCGAGGAGGAGGAGGGAGGAAAAGCAGAAGCAAGCCACAGCCCCUGGCCCAGAGGUCCCCACGAAGCGUCUAGAUAAACAGACAAACACACACACUUAAACAUACUUAAUCACACUCAUGUAAACGGAUGUCCGAAGACAUUUGAUUUAACUGGCUGAUGUACUGCGCAUCUGCAUGCAUGUGUGUGGGACUACAGUGUGUGUGAAGAACUGGGGGAUUUAUCUCAGUAUCUGCAAAAGUGUCUGGAUGACGUGGGGUGUCAGGAGGACUGUAGAUUUUGAAAGUAAAUUCCCAAAUAUUCCUUGAUAGUUUUCUUUAAAGGAUUUAUCUUAAAAUAAGAAUAUAUGAGGCUAAUUUCUCAACCGUUGGAUAAGAAAUAUACAGUAUGAACACAUAUCUCCUCUUGUGACUGCCAUUUUGUUAACAAUAUUUUUCUUAUUUUAAGGUCAUUGUAUAUAAUUUCAGGGGGACCACCACAGUGGUUUCUCAGACCUCAUUAAUACAGAAAGAAAAAAAAACUAUCAAUAAAAAGACAUAGUUAGAAUGGCCAUUAUAUUGUACAAUUAUGUAAAUUGUACUGAUGCUUCACUUGAGUUUGUUUUGAUACACAGUGAACAACAAAUACAUAGAAUGUUCAUGACACUCCAGCCACAAAACAGGGGCCUUUAGGAAUUUAAGAGCAAUUUACAAAUGUAUGCAUAUUACCAGGUAAUACUCCACAAGCCAAUCCCAUACAAUAUAGAAUUUUUGCUGUUUAGUUGGUUUUGUGGGGGGUUGAUUUUUAAUUUAUGUGAAACUGAAAAUUCUUCUGGUCCUUGUAUGUAUAAAACUGCUGGGUCUGAGUGAAGAUGAGCACUAGUUCAUUUAUUUGUAUGGCCGACUAUCUGUCCACAAAUGUGUGACUGCCAUGAAUUUUAAGCUUGUUGCAAGAAAGAAAAUAAAUGUGUACCUAGUGAUGUUUGCAGGGAAACUAUUUGAACAAUGCAAAUGAGUAACUGCAAUUAAAUAUAGUGUUUACAGUUUUAAACUUUUGAGUAACACAACUAGUUCAGUGAGUUCAAAUGAAUACAAUUACAUUUAAUACAUUUAUUUCAUUUUAAUGCCUCAAUUUGGCACAAGAAUAUUAGUUUUCUUGUCCUUUUGUCCAAAUUGUGAUCUGGUGACCUCUGGCCCAAAAAUAGUAUUGACAAAGUGAAAAAAUAUGUGCAAAUAAAUAGAUGCUAAUUAUAUCCAAUCAAAUCUUGACAGGCAUUUUAUUGAACACAAGUUCCUGUGUUCAUGCUGAAUGGGAGGCACUAUCAUAAUGAGGAAUAGUUGUACAUUCUUAUUUUAACACAAACAUCUUAAAAUUAAACUAAUCGGUUUGUCAGAGAUAUAGUGUGUCAUGUUUGGGUAAACGGUAUAUUGUAGGUUUAGGCAACAGGAAGGCUCUGAAUUUAUGGGAUGGAUAAGGUAUUGGGUUUGCUAGCUAACAAUGUAUGGGGACUAAUGGUCUUUGUACAGCUGAUUUGAUGUGUUUGACUUGAUGUGUGUUUCUGCAUGUACGUUUGUGUUUGUAUGUCAGAAAAAAAUGUGUAUAUAUUUAUUCAUCAGCUCACACAAAUUUUAUUUCUACUUUCUUUGGAGACAAUCGAUCCAAGUUUUUAUUUCAGUAGAUUUAUGUUACAUUAAAAAUAUUAUUUCAAAGUGUACAGACUGCAUCCCCAUGCACCUAAAUAUACAACAAAUCUCUCUUUAUACUCAGUACUCAGUAUCCACAGUUUUCUCUUCGCAUUAAACUGUAUUUGUCAAGCUCAGCACUUCUAAUAGCUGGUAUUUGUGUGUGUGUGUAAAAAAGUGGAAAUGAAGGAGAAAAACAAAAACACAAGGUUAGAUUGGAAACACAAGAAAUUCAAUAAAAAUUAUGUCCUUUGGUGAUAUAAAAAAUAAUAAUUAAAAAGCAUAUUUUUAUUGUUUUAUAAAUAUGUCUGUGGGAUUCUGAAGAAAGCACUACAAAGUUACACAUGGUGAGAUGUUCUGAGUAAAGUCACACGACAUGUACAAAGCGAUACAUGUUGCCUCCCUGACCCUGACCACAAGUGGACAGCCAUCUUUGAGAGGAUGAAAUGAAUAGUCAUUCUCAGUUCAUAUUUAUAUAUGUUUUUAAAUGAUCUACAGAAGUGGAUGCAUCAGUCAUGUAUUCUUAUGUUGUCUUCUGUAUUUAAUUUUAUAUGACACAUUGUACUUUGAAAUGUUGUUUGAAACUUUGUUUUAUAAAGUGCUUUUGCAAAGAACAUAAA